AAUAAAUAAAAUCUUUAAAAAAAUGGCACUUGAGGAACGUUGACUUGCCAGGUUGGCUCAAGUCAGAGGCAUCGCUGUCUGUGAGGUAUACUGACACGGUGGACUGUACGUGUCCCCGUGAAACAGUCUCCCCGGUCGUGACGGUGAGUCCGUCCAUCGUCUCAGACCACAGGUUAGUGUGUGUCUCCUGGAACUCGUGUAGACGGAAAAGCAGGUGUGUACCUUGUCUUCCGUCCGUCGGCUUGCACUGUGCACAGUUCUCUCUAGAGCCCUCGCCCAGCAUUCCGGAGAGAUUUGUGUAGAGUUGGUAUCAUUUCUUCCUUGGUGUUUGCUAGAAUUCAUCCCGGAAGCCUUGUAAGCCUGGAGUUUUCUCUGUGGAAAAGUGUUUACAGACAUUUCUUGUGCUUGGUGUUGUUUGAGAUUCUUGGAUCUGUGGAUUUACAGCUUCCGUUAAAUCAGGAACUGUGGUCAUUACUUCUGCAAACACCUCCUGCCCGCCCCCCUUUUGGGACUCCAGUUACACACGUGUUGUGCUGCGGGCGUUUGCUCGCGUCGCUCUCUCUGUGUGCCUCAGUGUGGAGGGUUUCUGCUGCUGUCUCCCCGGACCCACUCGUCUUCUACGGCGUCUACAAGUUCCUCUCCCGCAGGCCUUGAGCUCACACUCGGGGGUUUUCACCUCUGGAAGCUGGAGGUGUGCGUCCACGUCUCUGCUGACCGUGUGCACGGCUGCGCCAGCUCGAGCGCUCGUCACUGCUCUCAAGGGCUGGUCGGGGAAGCAGUGAUGCGGCCAGUAAACAACAGGACCCCCGUUUCAAACCCAUUGGACAGGAAGGAGAUUUUCAGCCAACCUCCCAGCCCCACUCACGCUCACAGCCUGAGGCAGCCAACGCAGACCCUGAACACAGCCAGCAGGGAGCCGGGUGCAGAGACCUGGGCGUCAGGAAGCCCCCCGGCCAUCUCCCCACGGAGCUCAGGGAGCUCCACUUUGAGGAUGGAGUCAGGAGGGGGACCCUCAACAGCCCAGGCCCCCGUUGCUGCCCUGGGGGAGCUGAACUCUGGGCCUGGCUGCUCCUCCCUGGAGCUUCCGAGGGCAGACCCAGGGAAGCUCCAAGCACUGCCACUUGGGCCUAGACCCCACAGCAAGGACCCCGACCCCGGGAACCCUGGCAGCCCAGCUACUGCCAGGGACGGUCCCCCAGACACGGGCCCCUCGGGGGAGCUGAACGGUGGCGCUAAGCUUCCUAACCGGGACAGCGGGAUCGACAGCCCGUCCUGCAGCGUGGCUAGUGAGCAGUUCCCCUGCGAGGAGGGCGGCGAGGCUGGCCAGGGCCCUGCAGUCCUGGGGCCGCACCUGGACCCAGCCCCAGAUGGCAAGGCCCUGCAGGAGGCGGCUGAUAGCGACGUGGGCGAAGGUAGCGGUGAGGAGCCCGACCCCGGGAACAGCCCCCCAGGGGCCCCUGCGGACCCGGCCAAGUGCUCCGAGCCCCAGAAGCUACUCCACAUCGCUCAGGAGCUCCUGCACACGGAGGAGACCUACGUGCGGCGGUUGCACCUGCUGGACCAGGUUUUCUGCACCCAGCUGAUGGAAGCAGGCAUCCCUUCAGAGGUCACCACGGGCAUCUUCUCCAACAUCUCCUCCAUCUAUCGCUUCCACGGGCACUUCCUCCUCCCCGAGCUGCAGACCCGGAUCACACAGGAGUGGGACAUGAACCCCCGACUCGGGGACAUCCUGCAGAAGCUGGCCCCGUUCCUCAAGAUGUACGGAGAGUACGUCAAGAACUUUGACCGGGCCGUUGAGCUAGUGAGCACCUGGACCCAGCGCUCGCCAGUGUUCCAGGACAUCGUCCAGGGCAUCCAGAAGCAGGAGGUGUGCGGGAACCUGACGCUGCAGCACCACAUGCUGGAGCCCGUGCAGAGGGUCCCGCGCUAUGAGCUGCUGCUCAAGGACUAUCUGAAGAGGCUCCCAGGAGACGCCCCCGACCGGAAGGAUGCGGAAAGGUCCUUGGAACUCAUCUCCACCGCUGCCAACCACUCCAAUGCUGCCAUUCGGAAAAUGGAGAAAAUGCACAAGCUCCUGGAGGUGUACGAGCGACUGGGCGGGGAGGAGGACAUCGUCAACCCCGCCAACGAGCUGAUCAAGGAGGGCCCCAUCCAGAAGCUGUCGGCCAAGAACGGCACUGCGCAGGACCGCCACCUCUUCCUGUUCAACAGCAUGAUCCUUUACUGUGUGCCCAAACUGCGGCUCAUGGGCCAGAAGUUCAGUGUCCGGGAGAAGAUGGACAUUUCGGACCUCCAGGUGCAGGAUAUCAUCAAGCCAAACUCAGCACACACGUUCAUCAUAACGGGAAGGAAACGGUCCCUGGAGCUGCAGACUCGGACGGAAGAGGAGAAAAAAGAAUGGAUUCAGGUCAUCGAGGCCACCAUCGAGCGGCACAAGCAGAACAGCCAGACCUUCAAGGCUUUCAGUGGCUCCUUUGGUCACGAGGAGGACCCCUCCCUCGCUCCAGAUUCCCCUGUGAUGAGUGCCAGCUCCGAGGAGCCUGUGGUGGCAGCCGGUGGAGGAGGGGGUGCUGCAGGGCUCGAGCCCAGGAGAGGGUCCGCUAAGACCAGGCGCGACAAGGAGAAGCAGGGCUGCACAAGCUGUGGUGAGACCUUCAACUCCAUCACCAAGAGGAAGCACCGGUGCAAGCUGUGUGGGGCGGUCAUCUGUGGGAAGUGCUCCGAGUUCAAGGCUGAGAAUGGCAGGCAGAGCCGCGUCUGCCGAGAGUGUUUCCUGACGCAGCAGGCGGUGCCCGAGAGCCCCAGCUCCGAGGCGGCCCCCGAGGAGCCCAAGCACAUCACCGAGAAGCCAGUGGCUGUGGACCCCCAGCCCAGCCUGGUCUGCAGCUACCUGCAGGUGUCGGACAGCGGUGCGGCCUGGAGCGAGGUGUGGGCCUCCAUCCCGGCAUCAGACCCCCUGGAGCUGGUGCUGCACCGGCAGGGAGAAAGCCAGGACGGCUGGCCGCCACGCACCAUCCCCCUCUCUGGCUGCACCGUGAGCAUGUUGGACCCCACGGAGAGGCCGGACACCAGGCACGUGUGGCGGCUACAGCAGGCCCAGCAGGCCUUGUACCUGAGCACGCCAUCAGCGGACCUGCGGCAGCAGUGGCUGGAGGCCCUGAGCGUGGCUGCCCGUGGGGACUCGGGCCUAGCAGCCCCAUGAGCUAAGCCGCGGCCAGGUGUCCUGGCCCUGUGGCCACCCCCGCAGGGAGGUGGUGUCAGAGGCUGUUACUGGCUUGCGGGGCUCCCAGACUGCGGGGGGCGGACAAGCCUCGGGGCACCUCACCCUGGAGGGGCCUUCCUGAGGCGAAGGAAGUGGGCCCACACACCCAGCGUGUGUCCACGAAGAGCCCCGGCAGCGUGGCUUGGAGCGGGGUGCAGAUGGACUGUCUGUUACGGGACGCUCAGCUCCGGAAGGCAGAAGGAGCUCCUGGGGGUGCACGGGGACCCCCGAUGGAGGUCUGCAGGCAUGCUUUCCCUCCCCGUAGCCCCGCCCCCACCGUCUGUACCGCGUGAGCUGAACUGUGACUGGCUCUGGACUCCACCUCCGUCUACCGGUUCCUGACCCCGCAGCCCGCCUCCCCGUUUGGUGGGGCCAGUGGUUGCUGGGGGUAUCCCCAUGGGACCUCCCUGAGAAACUCCACAGAGGCCAACAGAGGCCUGCCCCUGCAUCACGUGGGGAUUUGUGCCUGUCUCCCCUGGCCAGCAGCAGGCAGUGCUGGUCUGCGAAAAUAAAUGCUGGCAGCCAGCAAUUGGGCACAG